UCUUUCUUUCAUUCAUUCUCUAUUAUAUUAACAUACACGAUCUUAUUUUGAAUCUAUACAUUCGUUCAAUUGUUUCCUUCUCAUACAACAAGAUACCCUUAUAAUUACCUCUCGUUCACCACAAGUUCCAUUACCUCCUCACCACCACAACCACACGUACUUAAAACAGAUAAUCAAUCAAAAUGGGUGAAGGUCAAGAAUGGUCCUCCAGCUUCUGGGACUGCUGCUCCCCCUGCGGCACCUGCUCCCUCGCCUUCUGCUGCCCCUGCUGCCUCCACGGCCGCACCAGUUCUCGUCUCGAAGACCCCACCCUGAAAGACGAUAGCAUGAUGAACGGUGGUUGCUGCGUUUACUUCCUUCUCGCUUACUGCGGCUUCCACUUCAUCCCAUUGAUGAUGAAGCGCACCCAAAUCAGAGAGAAAUUCGGGCUUGAGGGGUCCGGAUGCGGGGACUGUAUGCGGUCGUUCUGCUGCCCGUGCUGCACGCUCAUGCAGCAUGAGAAGGAAUUGGAGAGUCGGGCGGCGUUGUUGGAGGGGCCUGGUGCGCAGCAGGGGUAUAAGGCUCCCGCGGGGAUGGAGUAUCAGUGAUUUGGUAUUGAUUUUGAUCUUUUUUUGUUUUGAGUGGAUAGUAGGCUUCGUGUAGGAGAUGAUUAGGAUUUUUGGAUACUUGGUGUUGUUGGUGUUCUUUGUUCUGGUUGU